AUGUCUUCAGCAGUACUAGACACAGCCGACACCCUAGUUAUAGGCGGCGGGCCAGCAGGCCUUGCUGCCGCCUUGGCCCUCUGUCGACAAAAUCAUAAUGUGAUUGUCCUCGACUCUGGCGAUUAUCGCAACAAAUACGCCACCGAGAUGCACAUGGUCUCGACGUGGGACCACCGCCCUCCCCGCGAGUUCCUCGCAGCUAGUCGAGCCGAGCUCUCAAAGCGCUAUCCUGAUCAAUGCAAGCUGGUAGAAGCAGAGGUCACAGCCAUCGAGAAAGUGUCGGGCACUGCUCAAGGCCUGAGCAUCUUCGAGGCGCGCGAUGAGACUGGGAACAAGUGGCGAGGCCGCAAAGUUGUCCUCGCCACAGGUGUGCGCGACUUGCUGCCUUUUAUUGACGGCUUUGAGGACUGUUGGGGAACAGGCGUCGUUCACUGCCUGCUGUGUCACGGGCACGAGCAGCGCGGGGCGGCUUCGGUCGGCAUUCUCGCUCUGGACAGUUUCGCAGAGGCGUCCACAGUGUUGCGGGUUGCACGCUCUUCGGCACAGGUCUCAAAUUGUGAUGUGGAAGAUGCUGUUAUCGAGCGUCUGGAGAUGAUCAAGAUGCCAGGAGGCGGAGAGGAGGAUGGGCUGCACGUGGUGCUGGAAGGGGCGGAAGAGGGUAUUGCGCCUGGCCAUGUGCACACAUUUGCUAUGUACCACGCGGGAACCGAACAAGCCAGUUCGUUGGUGGAGGACAUGGGCAUUGAGCUCGAUGAGAAUGGCGAGAUCAAGCUUGGGGCUUUUCAGGAGACGUCGCAGCCAGGCGUCUUUGCAGCGGGCGACUGCUCGUCUCUACACAAGUAUGUUUCGAUCGCUUCUGCUACAGGCUUCAUGGCUGGGGCUGGGGCAGCUCAACAAUUGCAAGCUGAAUGGAUGCAGAAAAUGUGA